AUGCCGCUCAAGUUGAGCACCAAAGGCUGGGUCCUGGAAGAGCUCGUUCGCGAUAGCAGUAACUUCCAGCACGUUCUUCGAGUACGCUGCAAUGAUCCAAAUCUCUUGGUUAUCAUCGAGGACCACGAAAGACGCGCAGAACCAUUCAUAAUCGAAGGGUGGCAUGAGCAUCCUCAAUGGCCUCGGGAGCUAUUCACUGUAGAUUGGUUGUUGGCCAAUUUCCCCCAUGACAUGAGCGUCCGCAAUGUUCACGACUGGUUGGAUGCCUCCAUGUCCUUGCAAAGCUUCGUAGACAGAUCAAGAACCCUUCCACCCCACGCCAUAGAUGAAGAGAUUGAGAGGUACUAUGGCAAGGACGCUGAAUGCCCUGAAGCUUGGAGAAGUUGGGUCAACCAGUCCGGAAUCCUCCCUGAUUCCAUGCUCCCCCAUCACUCCAACGAUGUCAUACAAUAUCUUCCCGAGCAUUCCGCAGUCGAGACGCUCAUGUGCUAUUUGGGCAUCGGUGACACCUUCACUCCAUGCCAUAAGGACCUUUGCUCGUCCUCCGGGCAGAACAUUAUGUGCUACACGGAGAACGGCGGAUCGUCCUUCUGGUUCAUGACCCGUGGCUCGGAUGCUCCAGCUUUCGCUGAGUAUUUGCAUAAGUUAGGCGUGGGUCAAGAGCUCGACUUAGAGACGAAUAUACUAUCUAUCGAGGAGCUAUCGGGUGCUCCACUCGAUAUUUUCAUCGCAGAGCAGAAACUAGGAGACCUGGUUUAUGUACCUCAGCGCAGCUGUCAUCAAGUCGUGAACCAGGGCGGCAUAACCAUAAAGACAUCCUGGUCACGAAUGACAGUCCAGGGUCUCGAAACGGCUCUAUACCAUGAGCUACCAAUAUAUCGACGAGUUUGCCGACCGGAGAUUUAUCGUGUAAAGUCGAUGAUACACCACACAUUAAUU